ACUAAAAUGGAAUCACAUAAACUUCAUACAAUGCAAUUGCACGUCGAGAAAGGUCUACAAUCUUCAAAUCUUGCAGAUGUAAUGACAACUAUAACAGAAUGUGCUCGAUAUAUUAGAGAAUAUCCUUUUCCUCAUUUUGUUCAUGCUACUCUUUUUAGAUUGGCCCAGACAUUUAAUGGGGAAAUUUUUGCAAGAAAAUUUGAACAUUCAAUGAAUACAAUUCGUUUAAGAAUUGUUGUAGCAAUAAAAGAAUGUAAUAAAUGUCUUUCUUUGGCUUUUUCAACAGAAGAAAUAAUUCGUUUUAUUUUAAAAGUUUCUCAUUCAAAUGAUUACAAAGCUAGAUCACUUACACUUCUUCUUUUAGGCUCGUUAGCUCCUUUAACUUGUGAAGAUAAAAAGGUUCAUAAUUUAAUAAUUGAAUCUUUGGAUUGCGUAGAAAUGACAGAAUUAUCCGCAGCUAUUCAAGCUGCAAAUGAAUUGGCGAAAUUUUCAAAAUCUUUUUCUUCUCUGAUAAUCCGUAAAAUUGCUGAAAUGUUUGGCAAAAAUUUUCUUGAAAUUUCAUUGAAAAAUGAACUUUUUGGAAUUAUUUCUAAUUUACGAGGCUUAAGUGAAUCUAAAAGCAGUAUCGAACUUGGUCGGCGACUUUUGGAAGGACUACCAACAAAUGAGAUGCAUUCAGUUAUUUAUUGUUCUCUCUCUAAAUUAUCAUCUCGCUGUGAAACAAUUUUACCCGAACAGGUUCUAAAAAUAAUUUGA